AUGGCACGCCUGAAUGAGUCCGCAGCAGCGUCGACAGAGAGCAUAGAGACUCUCAAGCGCAAGUUUAUGCGUCAGAACCGCGAUAUUGCUCGAGCAAAUUCCACACAGUCACUCCGUAUUCGAAGCCUAGAGAAUGAGACAUCGAGGUUACUGGCCGAAAACCUUGGGCUCAGGGAGCAGAUCCUACGACUCCAGAGCGAAUUAGAGAAUGGCAAAGCACAACGAAUAGCAGAUAAUGCUCGCGCCACCAAGUCACAACUCGAAGAAAAGCUGCUGGAGCUCGGCGCAUUAAUCAACAGCCUUGGAGACGAGCAAGUACGAAAGGAGAACUCGCCGCAGAUUGGAAAGGUAGCCAGGACCAGUCCCGAUCGAAGUCCAAAUCAAAGGGACUGGAGAAAUAUGUGCACACUGAGCGAAGCUGUUGCAGCACAGGAAGGGAGAUUGCCACCGAUUUUGGAGAAUAAGUUAUACCCCAGGAGGACUCUUGAACGGCAAGAAAUAGCAGAUAUUAUCUCAGAUGCGGCCGCAGAUACAACCGAUUCGCCUGAGAUUGGACCUCCGCCAAUCUCACAAUUUGUUGAUCUGGAUCCCGUCAAGAUUGACCUAGCCUUUAGGCCACGUAAGCUGGAUAAUGAAGAGCUCGUGGGCCUCAGUCCCGCCCUUUCGGUAAACCUUGAGCAAAGGAAGAAACGCAGGGACAGCCUUGGUGGCCCAGAGUCGAAGAAAGUCAGCAAAGUUGAACCAAUACAGGAUAAUUAUGAAAGCGCGGGUUCACUGAAGGCUGGAGCGAAGCGAAAAUUCAGUGUCAGGGACGAUGAAGAACGUGAAGUUGAUGCUAAACAGGCCGAUGUCUCUCCGGACGAAUUCAAGUUUACACGGGUGGCCAGCGAGGAGAGGUCAAGGAAUAAAGCAGCACCGUCUCAGCCCGAGAAGUCCGGCAACAAAGUAACGAGAGAAGUUGCAAUUGCAAAGGGAGCACCUGAAGACAAACAAUCUACUGCACCCAUAAGCAGGAAGGUUCUGGCCCCGAAAAGUGUCAACAAUUCCCCGAGGAAGAGCUCGAGGGUGAUGAUGAGCGACGAUAUCAAAGCCUCGAAAGUCGAUGCUGCCAAGGCGAACUUUGCGAAAGAAAGGCCACGGGAGCGAAGAGAAGAAACAGCAUCGAUCAAAGCCCCUGCGGAGCCCAUCAUCGAAACAGCCGAAGUUCAGGUUGAGCCGGAAACACCAGCCGGGUUAGAUAUCAUUUCCCCAUCUUCAUCACAACCAUCGACUGCUCGCGCGGAGUCUCGCGAUACCCCACCACCGUCAGAUCUGGGGUCAGGCACUGAGAGCCAACGUCCUAGUCGAAGAGCCCGGGGAAGCGUCAGCUAUGCGGAGCCCAACCUACGAGACAAGAUGCGGCGACCAACGAAGGAGUUGGUUGAUGCCGUGAUCAUCGAUGCCAAACCACAUCGCAUGAGCGCGGUCAAGCUCGAGGGUGAAAGUGCUUCAAAGGCAGUCAAGGUCAAACCGGAGCCUGAGACAGACGAUGAAUGGAAAAGGAUGCCACUUGCUUCAUCAUCAACAGUAGAAAAUAGUCCCCUGAGCGGAAAAGCAUCAACUGCGGGUGAAUUACCUAGUAGCAUCACAACCCACCGAAAACGACGAGAAUCGAUUCUCCAUCAAGCGGAGACGGAACUCUCUCCUUCCGAAUCUGGCAGUGUCAUUGCAGCCCUCGUAGCUGACAGGAGAAAGGCCAAAGCCGAGGCCAAGGAGAAAGAACUUCGGGGCAAAGACUCAACAGCAAAGUCUGCUGAAAACCCUAACACAUACGAAUCCAAAGAUCCUUCGCCGGCCCCUGCAGAGGAGGUCCCAGCUAAGGAGGUUCCAACCAAGAGAAAGGGGGAAAUGCGAACCUCGAGAGUCUCGAGACGUCACACUUCCGUACCACGAGAUCUAGCACACGGGGAUGAUAGUGAAGCUUCUGACAUCGAAGCUUCAAAGAAGGGGCGCCGACAGCCAACACUUGGUUCGAGAAGCUCCACUGCGAGGACAGAGGCGGGAAAAGAGGGGGAUGGGGCAAAGACUUUGAAGAAAGCUACGAGUGCCGCUUCUAUAACAGAGGCGGAAGCCACUGGCUCUAGGAGAGAGAGGAUUGCCGAACGGCGAAGGAGCAUGAUGUUAUGA